AUGACUCCUCCAAAAGAACACCCAAGCCAGGAUCAUAUCGAACGAGUUUCUUCCACUGUGACCGCGAGCAACAAGGUGGAAAAAAUCGAUACCGUCCAUCAAGAUGAGGCUCUCAAAAUUCUGCUUGAUUAUGAUGGAGAUUCCAUUUGGUCACCAGAUGAAGAAGCCAAGUUGGUUAAGAAGAUUGAUAGAAGGCUCCUAGUUAUUCUUAUCUUGACCUUUGCAAUCCAGUUCUACGACAAGUUUUUGUUUUCCCAUGCCGCCAUCUUUGGUAUGAGAACCGACCUCAAGCUCACUGUCGGCAAUCGAUUCUCUAUGGCGUCUUCCAUAUUUUAUCUUGGCUACAUUGCUGGUGCAUAUCCGGCUACGUUCCUUGCCCAAAGAUUCCCCAUUCACGUCGUGGCUUUUGCCAUGGUCUGCCUUUGGGGAGCCUGUGUGCUCGCUGGUGGAUGGUGUAACAGCUUCCGCGAGCUUUAUGUUCAGAGGUUUUUCCUUGGCCUCCUUGAGUCUGGUGUUUCGCCAGUCUGGAUGAUGGUCGUCGGCGGAUGGUAUACAAAGGUGGAGCAAACCUUUCGCAUGGGGUGA